AUGGUUGCGCCAGCUGUGCCAGAAAUCACCGAGGAGAUUCUCCACGAGUCGAUUGACGCCCGAACCGAAUCGCUUGCCGGUCUUCGAGAGCUUGGUCCUCCUGAUCUCGUCCACCUGCUGAAGCAUGCCGUCCGGAACCCAGCGAAACAGACCGGUGUUUAUCACCAUGUUACCGGUGUCGAUGCGUCUUCCUCGGCCAGUCUUGCCGCAUACAUCAACACCCUGACCUACAAGGAGUCAGGACCUAAUGCGACCAAUAAAAUUGUUGAGGGCUUGUUCUGCUGCUACAAUGCCUUUUCCCGUCUAGACAUGCGCGUGCAUGUUUCCAUCCCUGGAACCGUGGAGAGCUAUUGCGUCGACGAACGAGGCGAGAAGAGGAAGGCCUCGGAGGACCUGUGGUUGGAGACGUACCUGUGCAGCGUCCUGCGAGCAUACUCAUACGCCGACGAUGGCAGUGGCGAUACGAUCCGAAAGAUUAUGGGUGUACGAAGAUUCAACCCUGUGACCAACACCGAGACCGAACACCGUUUCCUCCAUGCUGCCGAACAGCUCUUCUUUAGAGGAUGGCAAUUGGGCUCGGACUCGGUGGUUCAGGUGCCUACCAAUGUUUCCAACCAUUUGACCACAGGUCUCCUCAAGUACCUCGAAACGACCGGCCGAUACGCUUCUGGCAUCAACCUCUUUGAGAAGCUCCGAACGCAGAGUGUUGAAGUUUCGUCUUUGCUGGCAAAGGUCAUGUUCAUGGGACAUGAGGAGGUUUCAGGUGUCAGGACUCUUCACCAGUCCCUGCAAGAAACCCCAAUGGACUAUGUCAUGCUUGACACGCAGGCCGAAUUCCUCAUGCACAAGGCCAACAGCGCUCCCACCCCUGAACUCAGGGAAGAGAGAUUGAAGAUGGCUCUGGGCUGUGCGGAUCGGGCGACGGUUGCUGCUCCCACCGAGUUUAGCACUUGGGCGAGACUCGCGCAGGUUUACGUGGCCAUGGAGGACUGGGACAACGCUCUCACCAUCCUCAACUCGUGCCCCAUGUUUACCUACCAAGACAAGGACACUCCUUUGAUGCCAGAGCCAAAGGAGGUCCAUCUGCCAACCCUCCCCGAGACGAGACUCGACGAGAUUGACAGCGAGCCCGAGUCCAGAUACUCGGAGCAAGUCGAUCCCAGCCUACUCAACCUGCGAGCGGCGUCGUACCGAGGCACCUUUAAGCAGGCGUACGACAUCUUGACUGAGAUGACGGCCAAGAUUGGUUGGGAUCAGCUGUUGAAGAUCCGCAGCAACGUGUUUGUGAUGGAGGAUGAGUACCGCACAGAGAAGCAAGAAGCUACUCAGCCCGCUACAUCAAAACGCACCCCUAGUAUGGAUGGUCUGCGUGGCACACCUGAUCAAACCACCAACGGAGGCGAGGAGUUGGAGAGCGAAACCCCAAAGAAGUCUGCCGAGGUCAGUGCUGAAGCUGGCACUGAGGGAGCCAACGCCCCGGCCACCAACGGCGAAGAGAAUGGCAUUGAGAAGCCUUCCAACACUAUUGACCCUGGCGAGGCCAAGGCAGACAGCGAUGCGGCCAAGAAUGAUGACCAUCUGUCCAAGCUAAACACCAAGCGCCUGUGUGAGCGCUGGCUGGACAGCCUUUUCAUGGUCCUCUACGAAGACCUGCGUGUCUACACAAUCUGGCGUACCCAGAUGGCCCAGUACCGCGCUCAGCAGAUGCAGUACAAGAAGUCGGCAGAGGAGUGGGAGAUUCUGGGUUCUCUUGCUGAGCGUCUCCAGCACGUUGACGAGGCCGUCGAGGCCUACCGGGCUUGUUUGUCGAUCCGAUUCAGUCCCAAGGCUCUAUCGGGCAUCCUACGGGUCUUUGAGAAGACCAAGAGCACGAGGGAGACGGUUGCAUCCGUGAUCCGACUCGUGACAUGGCAGUACCGGUGGUACAGCGAGUUCAGCCCCGAGCUGCUACACACGAUACGAACCUUGAUCGAGGACGAGGGAGCAGUCAAGGUCCGAAGCAUCAUCCAGGCAACCAGCCUGCCCCAGAAUGUGCUGGACCUGACACACCACUACGCUGCGCUGUGCGCGACGUUCCGAAGCAGCGGAACCGACGGUUAG